GAAUCAAUAUUUUAUUUUAUUGCAAUUCAUAUGGGUUCCUCUUGUUAAUAAAAUGAAGGGUCAAUGUUUUUUAGAUAGAACAUAUAACGAUACAGACAUACAUAACCUCUAAAAAAUAAAAUAAAUUUGUUUCUCUCUUUUUUGCUGACAAAUAUAAACUGUAUAAAGUUAAUAAAGUUUUUUUUUAAAUAGAAGAAUAAUGUUGAAUAUUUAGUAAUUAAAUUAUAGACAUUUUAAAUUAUUUUAUAAUUCAGUGUUAAAAAGAAAAUUUACUAUUGUGGUGAAAACAAAAGUCAAAGUUGGAAAAUUUUCAUUGUUUACUAAAAAAUUUAUCAAAAUAUGUUUAUAUUGUGUAAAACUUGGAUUAUUAAAAAAUGAGAGUAUCUUAAAAGUGUUUUAACAGUAACAUAACCUAAUAAUAGAAAAAUAUUUGAAUUUUGUUUUUGUUUUAACUUUUAACACUUAAUCAUGUCAGACGAGGAAGAUUAUAUGUCUGAUAAAUUCUUGCAAGAUUGCCAAAAAUAUGUUGCACCAAGUUUAAUAUUUCGUUCGGAGGAUAAACGAGAAUUGGAAAUAAUGAAAAGAAAAGCGGAAAUAGAAGCAAGAUUAAAGGAAAAAAAACCUAUUAAAGUAAUAGAAGAAGAAAAACGAGAAGAGGGACUUUCAUCUGCUAUAUCAAGUGAUAAUAAAGGUUUUGAAAUGCUAAUGAAGAUGGGUUAUAAUCCCGGUAAAGGAUUGGGAAAAAAAGAAACUGGCAUAUCGGAACCAAUUGGAGUUGAUUUAAAAAAUAAUCGACACGGUCUUGGUAAAGAAAAAAUAAAAAUUCCAAAAAAAACAAAUCCUAUUGCAAAUUUAGAAAAAAUGGACGCCGAUGAAUUUCGUAAGCGUGUAGCUAAUAAAAAAGCAGAGCAAGUGGCCACAAUGGAUUUACAUAAAAGUCAAAGAAUUUGCGAACAACUCGAUAUAAAUUUUAAAAUUGAAAAACCAGUGGAAAAUUGGUUUUGGUUUCCAAAAGAAAAAGAGGGUAAAGAAUUUGAAGAAAGCGAAACAAGUGACGAUGAUGAUGAUGAUGAAAAUGAGAAUGAGGAAAAACUUCUUAAUAGUGAAAAAUUAGAAAUUCUCACAAAAUAUUUGAGGGGAAAAUAUUUUUAUUGUAUUUGGUGUGGUGUUGCUUAUGACAAUGAGGAAGAUUUAAGAGAAACUUGUCCCGGAAACACGAGGAGUGAUCAUUAAUUCACAAAAAAAAAUUGCCAUACUUUAUAAUAUUUUUAUACCCUUUUUUUUACACGUUCCUAAAAAUGACUUGAUUUUUUAUU